AUUGCGACUGAGAACUCAACUGUUUUAGAUGGUUCUAAGAAUAAUUUUUUAGUGAUAGAUCCAUCCUCGAAGCUUCAGCUUACACAAGUUGUAAGCAGGCGAGAUUCGUCAGAAGCAUUUCACAGAAGCAUAUACUUUAAGGAAACCUGGUGCUAACUUUAUAUUUUUGACUGCAUAGCGACUUUCUAUGCGCCGGAGAUUCAUCAGAAGCACUUCACAGAAGCAUAUACUUUAUGGAAACCGGGUGCUGACUUGUGUUUUUGACUUUCCAUGGCGCAUCAACCUACAUAUAAAUGAGCACAACGCCUACUCCUUCAUCAACAUCAAUCUAGUUCCCUAAAGCUUCUGUUUAUUUCUCACGGUUUAAAAACCUUCUAUAGUUCUAGUUCGCAAAAGAUCAAAAUGAGUGUGGAGAUCUUGGACGGUGCCACCAUUGUCAACUUUCUGGAGGACGAGGAAGCAUUCAAUGCGUCGAUAUGUGACCGCUUUGCCCACCUUGACUCAAACAAUGACGGCAAGCUUUCGUACGAGGAGAUGUUGAAGGAGCUGCAGGGUUUGAGGGUAAUGGAAACCCACUUUGGAGUAGAUGUGGAAACAGACCCAGAUGAGCUUGUCCAGGUCUAUGAUUCUCUGUUCGUCCAAUUUGAUCAUGACUUGAAUGGGACAGUGGACUUAGAGGAGUUCAAGGCGGAGACCAAGCAGAUGAUGCUAGCCAUGGCUAGUGGGAUGGGUUUCUUGCCUGUUCAGAUGGUGCUGGAAGAAGACAGUUUCUUGAAGAAAGCUGUGGAGUGGGAAUCUGCUAAGCUGGUUGCUUCAUAUUCUUCAUAUCCUAAUUAAUUCCACAUCCAUUACCUUAUGUAUGACUCGUUAAUUUGUCUUCGUUCUCUCUGUUUUCUCCCAAUGUAUUCCAAGGUUAAUUUUGCCAGCGCAAUUUUUUUUCUCCUCACAAGUGUAGUGGCAAAGAAAAUAAAUGAGAUGCUCUGUUUUUGCUGAA